GCUGCACAAAGGCAGACUAUACUGCUUUCUAGUAUACACAUAUCUUUGCCAUCUUUAACCAUCACAAUGCUCUGGAAACUUCUCAUCGCUUCAUUGCUCAUAAGCUCAGUGUGUGCAGUGCACCUGGAAUACCUGAAGAUUGACUAUGCUGAGGAAACUCUUGAUGAGAGCUCAGAUUUUGUUGAUCAGGAUGAGGAUUUGCUGAAGUCUGAGGCCCACCUCCCUGGUGCAUGUUGGGCUUGUAAGUGGGCCAUGAAGAAAGUGAAAAGCCAGAUUGGCAAUAGUGCAAAUGUGGACACAAUUAAAGAAAAAGUGAUGAAAGUCUGUGAUUCGAUCGGAUUCCUGCGAGGUGUCUGUAGGAAAUUCAUUACCAAGUACUUGGAUACUUUGACAGAAGAGCUUUCUACCACAGAUGAUCCAAAAACAAUCUGUCAGAAUAUUGGUAUUUGCAAGUCAAUGGUCAUGAUGGAAAUGACCAAGGCUUUUCUGAAGGAGAACUCCAUGCCAAGGAUUGAAUAAAAGAUAAAAUGAUACAUGUUUGUAAUACAGCAUGCUUUCAAGUUAUGAUAAAGUCAAUUAUUUUGUGCCAAUAAAUCAAUUUGAUAUCA